AUGCGACGGUUUAUUUGGCACAUUCAAACCCAUGUGUCUGCACUAAGGACGCUAUCAUUACCAGUCGAUUCAUGGGACGCCAUUCUGAUGCAUCUAGCAAAGAAGAGGCUAGAUUAUGGUGAACAAAGAGAUUGGCAAAAUCUCAUAAAGAAGAGAACGCAGGAAAACAUGCCUAAAUUAUCGGAAUUCCUUGCAUUCUUAACCGAACGAUGUCACACAAUCAAGGUUCUCGAGCAGGGUCGGACGAAGCCUAUAGAGAAGCAAUCAAAUCGAGGCACGAAAGGGAACGAGCGAAAGGUAGCUUUGGUUUCCGUAACAACUAAGUGCAAAAUUUGCGAAGGCGAUCAUCCAGUUUUCAAAUGCGGCAAUUUUCAAGAAUUGUCGAUAACGGAUCGCAAGAAAAAGCUGAAGGAGAAGAGGUUAUGUUUUAACUGUCUCGGCUCAGGUCAUUUUGUUCGAGAAUGUAAGGCCUCGACAUGCAAGAAGUGUAACAAAAAACACAACUCAAUUAUCCACGAAGACGUUGAGGAGGAACAAGAAGAAGUUCAAGCAAAGCAAGCCUGCGAGAAUUCAACAGCCCACAACGGGACCAGAGUGAUUCUUUCCACUGCAAAGGUUCGCGUAUUAGGAUCAGACGGUGAAGAGCGGUACUGUCGAGCGCUGCUGGAUCCGGGAUCACAAUCAAAUUUGAUAACAUCCGAUUUGAUGCGAAAACUUAGGCUGUCAUGUCGCAACGAGAUACGUCCGAUUAGUGGAAUCAACAAGAAAGUCACAACAGUUAACAAGGUAUCUUGUAUACGCAUUAGAUCAAUACACGGGGAUUUUAAGACAACGGUGGAAUGUUUAGUAGUACCGGAAAUCACAGAACAGUUACCACAAGUCAAGUUAAAUACAACCAAAAUACAACUCCCAAGGGAUACUAAAUUGGCAGACCCCACAUGCGACAAACCAGGACCUAUAGAUAUGCUUCUCGGCGCAGGAGUAUAUUGGAAAAUUAUUAUUGGCGCACCAGAAAAUCACAUCAAAGGAAGACCUGCUCUACAGAAUACGCAUCUGGGAGUGAUCAUCGGUGGAGAAUUGGAAGAGGAGCUUAUCAACACGUUGGAUUGCUGCAAUGUGGUCACUAAUUCACAGCUACAGAGUCAGCUGCAGAGGUUUUGGAUCCAAGAAGAGGUUCCGGAGGUUCGUCCAUACUCGCCAGAGGAAAUGCAUUGUGAGAAUUUAUUCUCUAACACUACUACACGACAAGAUGAUGGCAGAUUCAUCGUACGGCUGCCAAUUCGUUCGCAUGUGAAUUUGGGAGAUUCUAUGGCCCAGGCUAUUAGAAGGCUCGGUUUCUUGGAACGACGCUUAUCUAAGGAUCCAGAGUUGAAGAAAUCUUAUAACGAGUUCUUAAGGGAAUACCUACAACAGGGUCACAUGUCAGCAGUCGAAAAUCAGAGUGAGGUACUUGCACAGGAGCAUUAUGUUAUUCCACAUCAACCAGUUUUCCGACCCGAAAGCACGACAACAAAGUUACGAGUCGUUUUCGACGCUUCUUCAAAGACUACAAGCGGCGCAUCACUGAAUGACAAGCUGAUGCCUGGACCGAAUUUACAAGCCGAUCUACAGAGAAUAUUGAUUCGAUUCAGAACGCAUGAAUUUGCUUUGACGGCGGAUAUAACAUCAAUGUUUAGGCAAAUUCUAGUAGAUCAUCGGGAUCGAAACUUGCAAUUGAUUCUGUGGCGUGAUGAAAAAACGCAAUGUCAACAAUUAUAUAAAUUGAAUACUGUUACUUACGGAACGGCAAGUGCCCCUUUCUUGUCAAUGCGAUGUCUCAAGGAGUUGGCAAAUAUCUACAAACGAGAAUUUCCAUUGGCAGCUAAAGCGAUAGAGGAGGACUUCUACAUGGACGAUGUUCUGUCUGGAGGACCUACACUGAAGAGUGCAAUAACAUUGCAAACUCAGCUGACGGAAAUGUUAGCACGUGGACAUUUUCCUUUGCGAAAAUGGAGAGCAAACCAUCAAGACGUACUAAAACAUUUAUCAGAACACAGCAGAGCAGACAAUUUGCUCGUAAUAGACAAGGAUCAGCCACUUAAGACGUUGGGACUUCUAUGGAAUGCGACCACGGAUACUUUCCAAUACCAGGUUACGUUAAAAGGAAAUGCAUUAAAUACAAAACGGAAUGUGUUAUCAAAAAUAGCACAGGUGUUUGAUCCCCUUGGAUUAGUAGCACCAGUACUCAUCGUUGGAAAGAUCAUCAUGCAGAAGAUAUGGCAGCAGCAAGUGGAAUGGGAUCAAGAGCUACCGACGAACUUAAAAAUGGCUUGGGAAGAUUAUAACACAUCGCUCGCUGGAUUGAAUGACAUAAGAGUACAUAGGAAUGUCAAUAUUCGAAACCAAGCGUCGACCUUCGAUCUUUAUGGAGCGAAGGUGGCACCGCUGAAGAUUAUAUCUUUACCGAGGCUUGAAUUAGAAGCCGCCCUCUUGCUAGCGCAACUGUACAACAUUGUCAAACGGUCCUGUAGGGACAAAGUAAACAAGGUUAAGCUGUGGAGUGACAGUAUGAUAACGCUCGGCUGGAUAAAGACACCACCGCAUCUACUCAAGACAUUUGUAGCCAAUCGGGUAUCAAAAAUUCAGGGUCUUACAGAGGAAGUCACGUGGGCACAUGUAUCGUCGGAAGAAAACCCGGCCGACCUCUUAUCAAGAGGGGUUUCAGCAAGUCGUUUAAUAGAAGAACAAUUGUGGUGGAAUGGUCCUUGCUGGUUAAGAGAAGGCAAGCAACCACCCCCUGCAACGGAAAGUCCAGAGAUUAUAUUACCCGAUUUGAGGUCCUUGCCAGUCAGUCUGAUGUUGACUCACACGUGCCAACUUUUAAGAAAGUAUUCGUCGUACGGUAAACUAUGUAGAGUUGUAGCUUAUUGUUACAGGUUCUUGGAAAGCUGCAGAUCGGGCAGGAAAGCAACGCCACUCACCGUGGCCGAGCUGGAACGAGCAGAGAGGAGCAUUCUACGAUGGGUUCAACAAGAAGCCUUUUCCGUGGAGAUUCGAUAUCUACAAGAAGGCAGACCAUUCCCACGAAAAAGUCAGUUACGCGCACUGUCUGCAUACAUCGAAGAAGGUUUGAUCCGUGUAGGAGGUAGGCUGCAACACGCGGAAAUCAAAUCGGAACAGAAAAAUCCCAUCGUCUUGCCUACGAAACACCAUGUCACCAGUAUUAUUCUACGCGACCGGCACGAACGAUUGCUUCACUGUCCACCGGAGCAAUUGUUGCACGAUGUACGCCAGCGAUUUUGGCCAAUCAGCGGGAGACGGGAAGUACGUAAGAUCAUCAAAAAAUGUGUUAAAUGUUAUCGCAUCAAUCCAACUACAAUGGAAAUCAAGAUGGGUGAACUUCCUGCCGAGAGAAUUCGGAGUGGGGACCGACCAUUCACCAUCACAGGUAUAGACUACGCGGGUCCAAUCCAAAUUCGAGAAAGCAGACGCAGAGGAAGAAUCCAUGUCAGCAAAGGAUACAUUGCCGUAUUUGUUUGUGCAAGUACAAAAGCAGUGCACCUCGAGAUGGUAACGGAUCUAUCAACCGACGCAUUCAUCGCUACUUUACGAAGAUUUAUCGCUCGCAGAGGACUGUGCUCUCAAAUAUUAUCGGAUAACGGCACCAACUUUGUGGGAGCAGCUAAGCAUCUUAAAGAAUUGUACGAGUUCUUACUUAAGGAACAAAAAUCAAUCGAAUCAGAAUUGGCAAAACAUAGAAUAGAGUGGCGCUUCAUCCCACCUCGCGCCCCUCACUUUGGAGGAUUAUGGGAGGCUGCGGUGAAGAGUACCAAGAGACAUUUACACACUGUAACAGAAGGACGCGUUCUGACGUAUGAGGAGUAUAGCACUAUUCUCGCUCAAAUAGAAGCUGUGCUUAAUUCGCGGCCAUUAACCCCGCUUUCGAGCGAUCCGUCAGAUCUUUCUGUUUUGACACCAGCACAUCUCCUAAUUGGGAGCUCACUUCUGCAACCAGGGCAGAAAAAUCACCUUGAUGCUCCAGAAGGCUGUCUUAUCCAGAUGGCAACGAGUUCAAAAAUUAAACCAUCUGUUUUGGGAACGAUGGAGGACGGAAUACUUGCAAGAAUUGCAGAAGAGGACCAAAUGGACAACUUCCAGCAAUAA